UUGUAAGAGGAAAAGUAAGGUACAGAGUCAUGGUUUUUGUUCACGGAUAGCCCAAGUUUUUCCGGUUGGAAAGUCGACACACGUCAUAGCAUUUUCGUAAAGGAAAUGUAAUCGACACGUCCUCCCCCCAAAAAGUUACCAGUCUCGACCCCACGCUUCGCUAGUAGGAACAUCCGAAUUCAUCUUUGGUUGGAAUCCGACCUCUCGUCGGAGCAGAGAUGUCAGGAGAGUCGAGCACUGGUUCGGGGGAGCUCAGCAUCAAAGGAGUACCUACACAUGGUGGACGCUAUGUUCAGUACAAUGUGUACGGUAACCUCUUUGAAGUCUCUAGAAAGUAUGUCCCUCCCAUCCGCCCCGUUGGGAGAGGUGCAUGUGGUAUUGUUUGUGCUGCUAUAAAUUCGGAGACAAGGGAGGAGGUUGCCAUCAAGAAGAUUGGCAAUGCAUUUGACAACCAAAUAGAUGCAAAAAGGACCUUACGAGAGAUUAAGCUUCUUCGACAUAUGGAUCAUGAAAAUGUUAUAGCUAUCAAAGACAUUAUUCGACCUCCACAAAGGAAGAAUUUUAAUGAUGUCUACAUUGUCUAUGAAUUAAUGGACACUGAUCUUCAUCAAAUAAUACAUUCGAAUCAACAAUUGACUGACGACCAUUGUCGGCAUUUUCUGUAUCAAUUGUUACGAGGGCUCAAAUAUGUACAUUCGGCGAAUGUUCUGCAUCGUGAUUUAAAGCCUGGCAGUUUGCUCUUGAAGGCAAAUUAUGACCUUAAGAUUGCAGACUUUGGCCUCGCUAGGACGACGUCAGAAACAGAUUUCAUGACUGAAUAUGUUGUUACUCGCUGGUACCGAGCUCCAGAAUUGCUACUAAAUUGUUCGGAGUACACUGCAGCAAUUGAUAUAUGGUCAGUGGGUUGCUUACUCGGCGAAAUCAUGACAAGAGAACCCUUAUUUCCUGGGAAGGAUUAUGUUCAUCAGCUGAGACUUAUCACAGAGCUGAUAGGUUCACCCGAUGACUCUAGCCUUGGUUUUCUACGAAGUAAUAAUGCUCGAAGAUACGUUAGACAGCUUCCUCAAUACCCAAGGCAAAAAUUUGACUCUAGAUUUCCAAAGAUGUCCCCUGGUGCUAUUGACUUGCUGCAAAAGAUGCUUGUAUUUGAUCCUAACAGGCGUGUUACAGUUGAUGAGGCACUGUGCCAUCCAUACCUGGCUCCUCUUCAUGAUAUCAAUGAGGAGCCUGUUUGCCCAAGGCCUUUCAGCUUUGAUUUUGAGCAGCCAUCAUUAACUGAGGAAAACAUCAAGGAACUCAUCUGGAGGGAAUCUGUUAAAUUCAAUCCGGAUCCCUGAGGAUUAUUACUGUAUUCUAUGACUCCACCAUACAACAAUGCUGUAUAAAAUCAUCAGAUUCCCUAAGAAACAAUAUGUCAAACUUAUGUGUCAAACUUAUGUCAUUGUAACCGGACUGACGUGCAAAUUUUUUGUCAGAGACGGACUUUCACAUGUUUUGAUAUUGGU